GCAUCUGAGCCGGCCCAGUUGCGGAUGGGCCUGACGUCAAAGAACGGCCCACUUAUUCUCCCGUGGUUUCUUCCGCCGGGAACGGAGGGGAAGAAAAACCCCAACGAAUACAGGAGACCUGAAAUGCACGGAACUGGACUCGAAGAAUUGAGAAGCUCCAUCAAUUUGCUUCUUAGGUCUCUUUCAAUCUCCCCAAAUCAAGAGGAAAAUUGAAUUCGUUCUGAUCGAAGGUCCAAUUACCCUUUUGACUGCGAAGUUGGAAUUUGAGGUUCUUGCUAUGGAGGCUGACAGGUUAAAUUCUCCCAGUACAUUUACCAUGACCAUGGAAGUAUUGGGUCAUGAAUUGCGAUUCUAUCAGGAUCCCAAUUCAAAACAUUUAGGAACAACAGUGUGGGAUGCAUCAUUGGUAUUUGUCAAGUUUCUGGAGAGGAAUUGCCGUAAAGGAAAAUUUAGCCCUUCUAAACUUAAAGGAAAGCGUGUCAUCGAACUUGGAGCUGGUUGUGGGCUGGCCGGCUUUGGCAUGGCAUUGCUUGGAUGUGAUGUGGUUGCUACAGACCAAAGGGAGGUUUUGCCUAUACUAUCGAGAAAUAUAGAACGUAAUACACCAAGCUUAGCACAGAUGAACCCUUCAGAUUCAUUUGGUUCAAUCAAGGCAGCAGAAUUAGACUGGGGGAAUGAAGAUCAUAUUAAGGCUGUUGGUCCACCGUUUGACUUUAUUAUCGGCACGGACGUGGUUUACGCAGAACAUCUCUUGGAACCACUUUUAAAGACAAUACAUGCAUUAUCAGGUCCCAAAACUACAAUUAUGUUGGGGUAUGAGAUUCGAUCGACAAAUGUUCACGAGCAAAUGCUUGAGAUGUGGAAAACGAACUUUGAGGUGAAAACUGUAUCCCAAUCAAAGAUGGACUCCCAGUAUCAGCAUCCCAGCAUUCAGCUCUACAUUAUGGGUAUAAAGUCCGGAGCUGGGAACGCAAAGAACACUCAAGGCAAUGUAGAACAAGAAAUUGACACAGUUUGUUCGAGACAGGAGAAUGACGAAACAGAUGUGAGUUUCAACAACGAAAAGGAUGUAAGUUAUGAUGAAACAGGAAUCCAGAAGACAGAGGAGCCAGUUACAGAACACAAGGAUAAGAAACUGGGCGACUGGGAAGCUAGAAGAAUGGGCUCGAUGGCUGCUCGGCUUCUGCAAGAUGUAAAAAUUGUUUGACCCCUCUUGCUUUUAGAGAUCUUUUGCUGUAUUUAUACAAACAAUUAGGUUAAAUUCAUAUUAGUAUUAUAUAUUGCGCUUUGAUGAUGUUUGAUUAUGAAACAGUUGAUGGUUUUCCUUAAAUUUUAGGUGGAAUGCCACAAAUAUGUAUACAUUCUCUGUUCAGUUUGUAAUGCUUAAUAGCAUCAACAACCCUGCCAUAGUUGCAGUUUUUGUGUUGAUUUCAAUGAAAUGAAACAAUGUUCGUUACAAA